AAUCAAAGAAAGGUAUUGUUAUACAGCAAGAAUAUUGAACGAUAUUCUUUCGUAUUCCUAUAUACAUUUAUAAUUUGCUAUUUCAAGUAUAUUAUUUUAGGAAUGAGCGAAGAAAAUUAAUUGAAUGCUGAUAAAAACUAAAACAAAAAUAAUCUUGAGAAAAUAAUAAAGUUAGAUAAAAAGAAUGGGAAUUUUGAUAUUUAUGAUAAAUACUCCAGGUAAGAUCAAUAUUCAUUACAAUUAGACGCAAGCUGAAGAUUAGGACAUCAUAGAACAAUUCCUACAUCAACAGUUCGUAUUAGAAUGAAUACAUUUUAUGUUAUUUUUGGAGACAUAUUAACUAAGUGUACUUUAAAAAAGUGGAUGAACCUGAGUACGAGAGACUUGAUUACCUCAAAGCUAUGAAUGAUGAUGCUAUUGUAACGGAAUUUCCUGUGAAAUAUGCUGAUUAUAAGUUUUAUUAAGCAAGAUAAAUCUUAAAUAAACAACAGAUUUAAUCAGAAAAUAAAACUUAUUGGGAGAAUAUAUAGAAGCAUAUCAAGUUGAGUGGUCUCAUUCACAAAGCAAAGGCUCUAAAAAUACCUUAGAUCGAAAAAAUUUAUUACAUGAAACAAAAAUCAAUGGUUAAAUUUAAAUAAAAAAACAUCAGGUAUUAAGUACAUUAUAAUUAAGUUCAUUAAUAUAAGAAAAUGCUUAAUUGGAUAAAUUGUUAGACAAGUUGAAUGAACAGAUAGAACUGAGAACAGGACAAAAAGAUGAAAUAUUUCAGCAAUUAUAAGAGUAUUCAAAUGAACUACAAUAACUAAAUAAAUCCAAUAAGAAAGAUCUACAAAAUCUCUCUUAAAAAAUCAAAAGCGAACAACCUUUAAAUGUCUUUGGAACCUAAGUGCAUAUUUAUAAGUAAGGUAGAGGCAAUAAUGCUCUCAGUAAAAAUCAAAUCAUUUAUAACAAUGAUGCCUUAUUGACUUAUUUAAGAAAGAGUCUUGAAUAGUUAGACUAUAGAUAGACUGCAGAGUCUAUAGUGAAAGUCAUAAACAGUGUGCAUUCUCCUAAUGGUUAUUAAUUUUGUGUGGCAUUCGAAUAAGCAUUAAACUCAACCUAUGUCAAUAUAGAGGAAGAUUUGAUGUACGAAUUGGAUAAACUAAGAGAUACUUCUUUAUUUAAAUUCUACAAUAUCCCUUAAAAAACUAAAUAUUCUCACAUAGCUUAAAAUGUAUCAUAUUAUUUAUUAAUCAAGUUUAUUGGAAUAAAUCAAAUACAAUAAAACAGACAGAAACCUAAUCCAUUGAUAAAUAAAAAUUUGACCAAAGAAUCUAAAGCAACUUAAUCUAAUGAUAAUGAUUCUACUUUGUUAAGAUAUGAGGCGUGCCACCAUUGCAAAAUGCUGUUUAGAGAAGAAUAUCUUAUCUCUUGUAAUUAUAGAAGUGGAACCAUGGGAUUACCGAUUAUAAAUUCAUCAAUAACAGAUUCCUAUUUGUUUACUCAAAGUAAAAAUAAAUGUAAAAUUUUAGUGGACGAUGAAGGAAUUAAGAGUAGAAGAUAAGUCCCAAAUAGAAAGAAAACUGCAUACAGUAUUUAUUCAAAAAAGAGUAAGUUAUCAAUACUAAUUGAUUAGAUGGGGAGUUGAUUUGUUAAAGAAAGUUCUGUAGAAUGUGUUUGAAAUAAAAUUAUGAUAUCAAAAUUGAAGAGGUAACCUAGAAGACAGAUUGGGUUUGUCCUUUUUGCUAGGUAAUUUCCAUAAUUAAAUCAGGCUAUCUGUUUUUGUUCUAGAUGUCAAAGAAAUGAUAUAAUGAUAAAAUUAAAGGAUUUAUAUACUAUUUGUGGAGGGGAUUUAGAAUAAUUAACCAAAGAUUCGAUUUUUGAAAAGUACGUUCGUCCUUUAACGGAUGAUUAAUUAUAUAGAAAAAAACCCAGUCAACUUUAGGUAUAAUUAUUUGAAUAAACAUAAAGAGAACUGGCUACUCUUUUGUAAAAUAAUAGUUGAAUAGUUUCAAAGAUAUGUAGGGAAUUAGAUUGGAUUUCGAGAAUUUGAGAUUGCUGUGUUCUUAAGUCAUGAGGAGGGAGAAGAUGAAAUGGAAAAUAUUGGAAUAAGAUAUUCUCAUUUGGAAUUAUGAAGUUAAAUAACAGAAACAACAAAAACAAUAAACCUCAAAAAUGACAUAAAAAAAAUAGAAAAAUCAGAAGAAGUUAAAGAAAAUUACUAAGAAAAUUCAAAAGUAUGUUAUGUUAUUUCAUGGUUUAGAUCUGAUGUUGAAUAUAUAUAGGAAUUAUCUUCCUCUUCUUCCUUAUCAUCCAGUAGUAGUGAAUAUUAAUAAAGUAGUGAUUAUGAAUCUGAAGAGAAUGAAAAAAAUAACAAUAAUAACAACAAUAACAAUAAUAAUAAUAAUAAUAACAAUAAUAACAAUAAUAAUACAAAUAAAUAGAAAAAUUAAAAAACUAAUGUAAAAUCAUAAAAAAUGAGAUAAAAAAAUAACAAAUAAGUCAGUAAUGAAAAAUAGCAAUCAUUAAAUAAGAUAUUACAAAAUUACAAGUCAUUUCCUGCCAAAAACGUUAAGAGAGAAGUUGCCUAUUUAUUGUAAUAUUAAGACAGUGACACCUAUAGUCUCAUUGUAAAAAAAAUCAAAUAAGAUCAAUCGAUUAACUCCUUAAAGAGAUGAAUAAUGUUAUAAA